GGUCACUUCUUCUUCCCUUUCCCACUUGCGCGAUACAAAGCCGCGAAGAUAGAUUCCGAUCGAAAGAGGAAGAAAUCUUCGAUCUCUUCGGCAGAUCGAACUGCGGAGAAGGAAAGGGACCACAGGAAUCACAGCAGUCACCACAAAAAGAAGGGCAAAAUGUCUUCUGGACAGGUCAGGGCAUCGCACAUACUGAUCAAGCACCAGGGUUCUCGCAGGAAGGCCUCCUGGAAGGAUCCAGAAGGUCGCGUCAUCUCCAAUACUACCAAGGAGAGUGCCAUCUCACAGCUUAAUGCCAUCCGGGAAGACAUCGUUUCCGGCAAGGCCAAGUUCGAGGAGGUCGCUUCUCGCUACUCUGACUGCAGCUCCGCUAAACGCGGCGGCGAUCUCGGUCCUUUUGGUCGGGGCCAGAUGCAAAAGCCAUUUGAGGAAGCAACAUAUGCUCUUAAGGUUGGCGAGAUAAGUGACAUUGUUGACACUGACAGUGGAGUUCACAUCAUCAUGAGAACUGGUUGACUGAUUAUUGAUUAGGGGAGCUUGGGAUUUUAUAGAGCAAUCACUUCAGUUAGUGUGCUCAGCAAAUAUAUCCAUGAUUAUGAUUUAUUAUGGACUUGGUUUUGUUUCUGUUUGGGACAAUAUAGGAGUGUCUUAUGAUAAUGCCUUUGGCCAUUCUUAUUGAGUAAUGUUUUACUCAUUGAUACAACUGACCCAUAUACUACACGGGAUGAAUAUUUUGGUUGAUAAGGCAUUUGAUUUCAGGACAUUUUCAGCUAUGAUUUGUAAUGGUUUGUGUUCAUUAUAAGAACAUUUUGCUUCUGUAUUUCUGUUUCUCUCUGAAAUUGUUUGAGUAAAGCCCUACCCAAAGC